GUUUGCAAGAUGGCGGCCAUCAGGACACGGCCUUUGGAAAAUCUGCUGAAAUUUAAACCGAAAAAUAAGGAAAAGAGGAAAUAUAUGUAUAAAAAACUCAUCACUGCACUUGUACAAUAUGAGAGGAUAGAGACAACACUCAACAAAUGCCACGAUCUAUCAAGAGUUGCUGAAAGAAUGAUUGAUCUUGCCAAAGUGGGAGAUGAAGAAACUAUUAACAGCUGGAUUACAAAAAAAAAUUUGAUACCUAAGGUGUUUGGGCAUCUCUUACCACGAUACGAAAACCAAGUAAAUGGUUACACAAGAGUUUACAAAAUACCGCCACGAAAGAGGGAUAUGGCCAAGAUGGGCAUUGUGGAAUUUGUUGGAAAUGAUCUGCCUCCCUUGUUACCAUCUGAGGAAGAACUGAGAAAGUUACAACUGCAAAAACUGACAGAGUUGACCCCCAAGGGGAUCCCCUCUGAAGGGACUCCUGUGUAAAUUAAUAACAGGAACCUGUUGAUUUUGGUUAAAUUGUAUGGUUCUACUGUAAA